AUGGCCUCGUCCUCGCCCAGCCCUAUCAAGUACCAGCUCUCGUUCGUCGUGCCACCGGCCAACCUCGAGGCCUGCAAAGCGGCCAUCUUCGCCGCCGGUGCUGGCUCCUACCCGGGCCAGGGCAACUAUACAGAGUGCUGCUGGACCAUUACGCAAGGCGGUCUCGGUCAGUUCCGGCCUGGCAGCGGCGCGAACCCGCACAUUGGCACGGUGGGCGCGCUCGAGUAUGUCGAGGAGGCGCGCGUGGAGACGAUGUGUGUUGGUGAGGACGUGGCGCGGGCGGCCGUGGCGGCUCUAAAGAAGUGGGUGCACCCUGGCAGCAUGGCCCAUCCGUACGAAGAGGUGGCAUAUUCAGUGGUCAAGAUGGAGGAUUUCUAA